AUGGCUCUUCUAAACGGGUCCACGAAUCAUUUCAAAGAAUCGAAUGUUAAAAAGAAGGGCAACAAAUCUUCAGGCUCCGGUAAGGAGAGAAUCUCGGUCCACAGUCACAUUAAGGGUCUGGGUGUACAUCCUUCCGUAUUUUCUCUGGACACAUCGAAGCUAAAUUAUGAUGGAAAGGAUGAUCCAAAGUUAUUAACGAAUUAUGAAAACUGUUUUGAUCCUUCCUGUGGCUUAAUUGGCCAGUUCAAGGCUAGGGAGGCGGCUUUGAUUGCAGUAGAUAUGAUAAAAUCGAAGAAGAUGGCAGGUAAAGCGUUGCUUCUGGCAGGUCCCAGCGGAAGCGGUAAGACGGCCCUAGCCAUGGGAAUCGCAAGAGAGUUGAGUACCAGUGCGCCAUUUACAAUACUAUCGAGCACAGAGGUGUUUAGUAGCGAAGUUAAAAAGACUGAGAUUCUGAACGAGGCCUUCAGAAAAUCAAUACACAUAGUAAUAAAGGACGAGAAGCAGAUAUACGAGGGAGAGGUGACGGAACUGACUGCAGAAGAAGUAGAUAAUCCGACGGGAGGAUUCUCAAAAUGUAUCAACGGUGUGUUGAUAACCUUGAAAACAGUAAAGGGCUCUAAAACGUUGAGAUUGGCGCCGCAAAUACACGAUCAACUGAUAAAGGAAAAGGUGUCAGUGGGUGAUGUUAUAUUUAUCGAAGCAGUAUCAGGCCAAGUUAAGAGAUGCGGUAGAUGUGACGCAUACGCAACAGAGUUUGAUUUGGAGAUAGAGGAAUACGUGCCGCUCCCCAAGGGAGAUGUCUUUAAGCAGAAGAAAGUCGUGCAGGAAGUGUCGCUGAACGAUUUAGAUCUGGCGAACUCAAAUCCAACGGGCGGGAACGACGUCAUGAGCAUGAUUAAUCAGUAUCUGAGGCCCCGGAGAACAGAGAUCACCGAUAAGUUGCGUCUAGAAGUGAACAAGGCAGUGAACAAGUACAUCGACAUGGGAAUAGCAGAAGUACUGCCGGGAGUGGUCUACAUUGAUGAGGUGCACAUGUUCGACAUAGAGUGCUUUACGUACCUGACGAAGGUAAUGGAGUCGCCACUGUCGCCAAUCAUAAUAUUGUCAACCAACAGAGGGGUGAGUAGCGUCCGUGGGAGCGACUUCAUAGAGGCACAUGGCGUACCGGCUGAUCUACUGGACCGCCUACUAAUAAUUAAGACGAUUCCGUACACAAUUCACCAGGUGAUACAAAUACUAAAGAUACGAAGCAAUGUUGAGAACGUGCCCAUCAGUGACGAUGGACUAAAGAGGCUGGGCGAGGUGGGCAUCAACACAAGUUUGAGGUACUGCAUUCAGCUGCUGUCGCCGUCCAACGUCCUGAGGAAACUGGAGGAAAAGCCCACGGUGGAGUCCAAACACAUAGACGAGGCGGACUCACUGUUUAUGGACUCGAAGACGUCGGCUCAGAGAAUCGUACAGCACUCUGACCUGUUUAUUUCAUAA